GAGGCUGCCCGAAGAGCCGGGCCCCUCGAGAGAGAGCGGGCGAUCUCUCUCCUCGCGGCUUUCGCCUUGCUAUCUCCGCCCACUUCCAGUAUAAAUCCGCCCCAGAUCUCUCAUUCCACGCGUUCGUUCCCUUUACGAUUCUUCUCUCGUUUUCUUCCUCUCUCUUGUUUCUUUUUUUUCCUUUCGAUCGGGCCGAGGAUGGCAGCGGCGCUCCAGACGGCGGCCGCCCUAAUGGCUUCCUCGAAUCUCGUGGUCAAUUCCGAGAGGUUUCGGUUCGGAUCGCUGCUCCGAUCUCCUGCAGGAAGGAAAGGAAGCGUUUUGGUUGUGAAAUCUGAUGGAAGACAUUCUGUUAGCUUUAACGCCGGGCUGCGUGCGGGGCAUUUGAUCACAAAUGCAGUUGCAGCAAAGAGUGAGGCAUCUGCAAAAUCCACAGAUUCCAAGCCUGGGCAUGAAGUCCUCUUGUUUGAGGCUCUACGAGAGGGUCUGGAAGAAGAGAUGGACCGGGAUCCUCGAGUUUGUAUAAUGGGGGAAGAUGUGGGUCAUUAUGGUGGCUCGUACAAGGUGACCAAAGGCUUAGCGGAAAAGUAUGGAGAUCUGAGGGUUCUUGACACUCCGAUUGCGGAGAACUCCUUCACAGGCAUGGGCAUUGGUGCUGCAAUGACAGGUUUACGGCCAGUUGUCGAAGGCAUGAACAUGGGUUUCCUCCUGCUAGCCUUCAAUCAGAUAUCAAACAAUUGUGGUAUGCUCCAUUACACUUCUGGUGGCCAGUUUACCAUUCCAAUAGUGAUUCGAGGGCCUGGAGGCGUAGGGCGGCAGCUCGGGGCAGAGCACUCACAGCGGUUGGAAUCAUACUUCCAGUCAAUUCCAGGUUUGCAAAUGGUUGCCUGCUCGACCCCCUACAAUGCCAAGGGACUGAUGAAAGCAGCCAUCAGGAGUGAGAAUCCUGUUGUGCUGUUUGAGCAUGUGCUGCUGUAUAAUUUGAAGGAGAGGAUCCCUGAUAAGGAUUACAUUUGUUGUCUGGAGGAGGCAGAGAUGGUGCGGCCUGGAGAGCAAGUGACGAUCCUGACAUACUCGCGCAUGAGGUAUCAUGUGAUGCAGGCCGCAAAAACUCUGGUGAACAAAGGAUAUGAUCCUGAGGUCAUUGACAUCAGGUCAUUGAAGCCAUUUGACCUCUACACAAUUGGGAAUUCCGUGAAGAAGACACAUCGUGUGCUGAUAGUGGAGGAAUGCAUGCGUACUGGUGGAAUUGGUGCGAGUCUGAGGGCGGCCAUCAUCGACAAUUUCUGGGACUACUUGGAUGCUCCAAUCAUGUGCUUGUCAUCGCAGGAUGUGCCAACACCAUAUGCUGGGUCAUUGGAGGAUUGGACUGUUGUGCAGCCAGCACAGAUUGUGGCUGCGGUGGAGCAGCUCUGCCAAUAGAGAGCUUUUGCAGGCAGUUUUUUCUUUUUAGGAUCAGAGCUGGAAUCCUGUCUGUUCUCAAACAUUGUGCUACGUGGGGUUCCACCUCAUAGUGUUCUGAUGUGAUUCUUCCUUGUGAUCCUUCUUGCAUGAUAUGACUUUGCAUUUGUUAGCUUAAAAUUAUGUUUCCUGUUGUAGCAAUUAGAAGUAUUCCUGUUUUGUUGGUUUAACCAUCCUUUCUAUAGAAGGCAUAGUGACCUUGAGGUUUUUUCU